AGCAGCCAUUUGAAUUAGGUUCCACUCACUAAAUCUAGUUAGAUCUAUAAUAGGCAUGACCUGACAUUCUUUCAAAAUUAUCUGGACUAUGCAAAAUGGCUGCCUUGUCAUCUUUUUUGUUUCUCUCCAUUUUUCUUUCUUAUUCAUUAUUAAUUGAUGGUCAGUCUCCUGGUGACCUCAGACUAAUCAGAAACGGUGUCUCAAGACUCAGUUAUUCAUAUGGUAGACUCCAGAUUUAUGCGUCCACUGGUUGGGGUGAGGUCUGUGGAGAUAAUUUCAAUAUAACUGAGAGGAACGUGGCCUGUCACCAGCUGGGGUACUCCUCAUCAUUGAACAAUGACACCAUCAACAGUUAUGGUAGUGAUGUUGGUUCUGUUUCUAUAUCGGAGGUCAAUUGCUAUGGCAACAGUGAGUACCUCCAUUUGUUGAGGUGUUCUUAUAGGAAAGGUUUUCACACCUGCCAACGGAACUAUGUUACUUUAUACUGCAACAGUACUAAUAAUCCUCCUUAUGACAGUCAAUUGAGAUUAUUGUAUGGGACCACUUCAUCAAACGGUCUGGUACAAGUCUAUUGUAGUGGCCAGUGGGGGACAGUCUGUGGCCGAUACUUCACUCCUGAUGCUGCCCACCUUGUCUGUAGACAGCUGGGAUACACCUCGGCUAAGUCUUAUAGUAACGGAACCUUUCAGGCUAGUUACUGGACCCCAAUAUGGUUGGAUAAUUUAUAUUGUUCAGCCUCACCCACUGAGGUCUGUCUUGGUUCCUGUGCCUCUUGUACUGGUUCCAGAGUCUCUACCUAUCAGUGUUCUCAUUCUUAUGAUCUCAACGUUCACUGUGUAUAUGAAGCUCUUCACUACGAAGAGGGAUCUAACACUACCAGCUGUGAAUCAAUAGAACUGAGGCCUAGAUUAGGAGAGGUUCGUCAGUUGACUGUGGUUGGUUCUAGUUCA